UGGAAAGAUGGCGGUCAGCAUCCGAGGCCGUCCUAUCCGGAGUAUACGGAUGCGAGGACGGAAUGACAGCGGAGAGGAGAACGUACCGCUCGAUCUCACCAGAGAUCCGGCCGACAACCUGCGCGAGAUUCUGCAGAAUGUGGCGAAGCAGCAGGGUGUCUCCAACAUGCGCAAACUGGGCCACCUCAACAACUUCAUCAAGCUCCUCUGCAAUGUAGGCCACUGUGAAGACAAGUUUGGCUUCACUUAUGAAGAAAUUAUCAUCUGCUUGCGGCUGGCCCUGCUGAACGAGGCCAAGGAGGUGCGAGCUGCCGGCCUGCGCGCCCUCCGCUACCUCAUCCGAGACGCCGCCAUCCUGCAGAAGGUGCUGCAGCUACAGGUGGACUACCUGGUGUCCAGGUGCAUAGACAUCCAGCAGAGCAAUGAGGUGGAGCGGACGCAAGCACUGCGGCUGGUUCGUAAGAUGAUUGCUGUGAACGCUCUCGCCUUUCCGAGCUCCGUCACUAACUCGCUCAUCGCCGUGGGCAAUGAUGGGCUGCAGGAGAAGGAUCGCAUGGUGCGGGCAUGCAUAGCCAUCGUCUGCGAGCUGGCAUUGAAGAACCCGGAGGUGGUGGCGCAGCGCGGAGGCCUGAGCACCAUCCUGAAGAGCGUCAUCGACUGCCAGCUGAGCCGCAUCAACGAGGCCCUCAUCACCACCAUCCUCCACCUGCUCAACCACCCCAACACGCGCCAGUUCGUACGGCCCGACGUCGAACUAGAACAAAUCCUCGCUCCAUACACAGACUUCCACUACAGACACAACCCUGACACAUCGGAGAGCCAGCUCAAAGAGGAUCGAGAAGCUCGCUUCCUGGCCAGCAAGAUGUCUAUCGUGGCCUCAUUUCGCUCCUGGUCUGGCAUCAUUAACCUCUGCAAGUCAGGCAACUCGGGAAUCCAAUCUCUGAUUGGCCUACUCUGUAUACCAAAUAAGGAAGUGAGGAGAGGACUGUUGGAGGUCAUGUACGAUAUUUUCCGACUCCCCAUUCCAGUCGUCACACAGGACUUUAUUGAAGCACUGCUCAGUGUGGACCCCAGCAGGUUCCAAGACAGCUGGAGACUGUCUGAUGGCUUUGUGGUGUCCGAGGCCAAAGUUAUUCUCCCUCAUCGAGCACGGUCAAGACCGGACUUGAUGGACAACUACCUUGCUUUGGUACUAUCUGCUUUCAUUAGAGGCGGACUUCUAGAGGGUCUGAUUGAGGUGAUCACUAGCAGUGAUGACAGCAUCUCCGUACGAGCUACCAUUCUCCUGGGAGAACUCUUGCACAUGGCCAACACUAUUCUCCCGCACUCCCACAGCCACCACCUGCACUGUCUACCCAACCUCAUAAACAUGGCGGCCUCCUUCGACAUCUCCCAGGAGAAGAGACUACGAGCGAGUGCUGCGGUGAACUACCUGAAGCGUUUCCAUGACAAGAAGAAGCGCGGGCCCAAGGCCAGCAGCCUGUACCUGGACCACAUCAUCCGCAAGGCAGUGGCCACUAACUACAGCAGGGAGCAGCAGCAACGACCACAUAGAGACAUAUUCAGCAUCAAGGACUUUGAGGAGGCCCUGAUGGCCAACCUGAGAGACAGCCACAUCUUGAUGCACAAGCAGAACCUGGACUGGAACUGGGUCCUCAUCAGCACCAUCCUCAAGUGGCCAAACGUCAACCUGCGCACCAACAAAGACGAGCCCAUGCACAAGUUUGUGCGUCGGCUGCUGUUCUUCUACAAGCCCAGCAGUAAGCUGUACGGGAGCCUGGAGCUGGAGCACAGACAGGCCAAGCAGCUGACGGCCGUGGGCUGCCAGUUCAUCGAGUUCCUGCUGGAGUCAGACGAGGAUGGGCAGGCCUACCUGGAGGAGCUGGUGAGGGACAUCGUGGUGUGGCUGACGUCGUCGUCGUCGUCGUCGGGCCCGAAGCCGGAGCGCAGCCUGCAGAGCAACGGGCUCCUCAGCACCCUCAGCCAGCACUACUUCCUGUUCCUGGGCACGCUCUCCGCCCACCCCACCGGCGUCAAGAUGCUGGAGAAGUGCGGCGUCUUCCAGUGUCUGCUGAACAUGUGCUCCCUGAAGAACCAGGAGCACCUGCUGAAGCUGACCGUGUCAACGCUGGACUAUGGCCGCGACGGCCUCGCUCGCGUCAUCCUCUCCAAGAUCCUGACCGCCGCCACCGACAACUGCCGCUUGUAUGCCACCAAGCACCUGCGGGUGUUGCUGCGGGCCAACGUGGAGUUCUUCAGCAACUGGGGCAUGGAACUGCUGGUCACUCAGCUGCACGACCGCAACAAGGCCAUCAGCAUGGAGGCACUAGAUAUCCUGGAUGAGGCCUGUGAAGACAAGGCCAAUCUGCACGCACUUAUUCAGAUGAAACCAGCACUUACCCAUCUGGGAGACAAGGGUGUUUUACUGCUCUUACGGUUCCUGUCGAUCCCAAAGGGCUUCUCCUACCUCAACGAGAGGGGUUACGUCUCGAAGCAGCUGGAGAAGUGGCAGAAGGAGUACAAUUUGAAGUACGUGGACCUGAUUGAAGAACAGCUGAACGAAGCGCUCACUACCUACCGCAAGCCUGUGGACGGAGACAACUAUGUACGCCGCAGCAACCAAAGGCUACAGAGGCCAAAUGUUUAUCUACCUGUGCACCUGUAUGGACAACUUGUCCACGACAAGACAGGCUGCCACCUCUUGGAAGCCCAGAAUGUGGUGCCAGACUUGAGCUACACGGUGCGAUCCCCAGUGCUGGACAAAUGGGACGGGAUCAAGCAGUUGAAGGCUGCUCUCUGGGCGCUGGGCAACAUCGGCUCUUCCAACUGGGGCCUGAACCUGUUGCAAGAGGAGAACGUCAUCCCAGAUAUCGUAGCCCUUGCCCAGCACUGCGAAGUACUCUCCAUUCGAGGGACGUGUCUGUAUGUGCUGGGCCUCAUCUCCAAGACGCGUCAGGGCUGCGAGCUGCUGAAGGCUCAGGGGUGGGACGCGGUGCGCCACAGCAGGAGGCAGCGCUGGCCUGUGGUGCCCGACGAGGUGGAGCAGCAGCAGCAGCAGCAGCAGCAGCAGCACUACCAGCAGCAGAUACUAAUGCACCAGCAGCACCAUCUCCAUGGUCAUCCCCUCCUGCUGUCCUCGGUACCCAGCACUCUCAGCCUCAACUCUGAGUCGACCAGCUCGCGCCACAACAGUGAGAGCGACUCCACGCAGCCCAGCAUGUACAUCAUGGACGACGAGAAGCUGGAGGGCUCGGAGCUGGCGGAGGAGGCGCCCCUCUACAUGAGGCAGCAGCAGCAGCCGCCCUCCAAGCUCCUGAAGGAGCGCAGCCCCUUCACCCUCCUGGCCUCCAGCCGCUUCGUACGCAACCGCUUCCUCAUCUCCCUCUCGGGACGCAAGCACCACCGCAGCACCAGUGACCCCAAGGGCAGCAGUGGCGGCCUGGGCAAGACCCAGUCGGAGCCCAAGCUGGGCGGUCUCAGGAGGAAUCGCACCGUGACCGAACCCUUGGUGUUCUCUUCGGGCAACGGUGGUGGUGGUGGUGGUGGUGGUGACAUGGUGUUCAGCCCAGUCUUCUCUCCCUCGGAUGGGCACCUGCUGCAGCCGCAAAGCCCCACCUCGGCUGUCAGCCUGGAGACCUCUUUCGUGGGCCUCAAGAGUGAGGAGGAGGGCGAGGAGGACACGCGGGGCAGCACACCCAGCAUCGGGGAGCCGGAGACGCCACGCCUGCCCAAGUCCAUCAGCAGCGGCGGUGUGGGGGAUGGCAGCCGGGGGAUGGAGGUCAGCAUCAGCGGGGUAGGAGGAGGAGCACCUGUGAGGGAGCAGACCAGCCGUGAGAGGCUGACGGGAGGCGACGGACCCAGCGGAGGAGGUGGAGGUGGAGGAGGUCACUUCAAGAGCCGCAGCCAGAGCUUCAACACGGACACCACCACCAGCGGCAUCAGCUCCAUGAGCUCCAGCCCAUCACGCGAGACGGUGGGCGGAACGGAGUACCCUGGAAUGGGCGUCGUGAUCGGGAGUGGCACCUCAGCCACCACCAUGUCCUCUUCCUCGGCCGGCACGGCUGACACGGACUGCUCCAGCCUGGCCACGGUGGUGAGCGCCCAGACGCUGCAGUCCACGCUUCAGUCCUCCCUCGACCAGUCCGCCGGCGACACCGACACCGACGCCACCGUGCCCGACACAUACGACGGCGAUGACGGUGGUCCAGACGCUCACUCCAGCAACAGCCACCUGCCGCUGUCCAAGGCCGGCUCGGUGCUGCUGGCACCGCCGGGCUCCUCGCACACGCUGCCGCGCCGCGCCCAGUCGCUCAAGUCGCCCUCGGUGGCAACCAUCGCCAGCUUGACAGACUGCAGCAGCAGCAGUGGUGGUGGCGGUGGUGGUGGUGGUGUCGGAGGUAGUGGUGGUGGCGGCGGUGGUGGUAGUGGCGGCAGCUUCAUGUACACCAGCCAGCGCGACGCCCUGGGCUACGCCACGCUGAAGAGGCUGCAGCAGCAGCGCAUACACCCCUCGCUCUCGCACAGCGAGGCCCUGGGGUCGCCCGCCAAAGACAUCCUCUUCACCGAUGCCAUCACCAUGAAGACGGGCAGUCUGGAUUCUAGGCUGACGCAGCGCAGGUUCCUGAAGGCGCUGAGCUUUGCCUCCCUGGAUAAGGAGGAGUUGUUGAGCCCCAUCAGCCAGAGCUCUCUGCAGCGCUCCUCCUCCGUGCGCUCCAUGGUCUCCAGCGCCACCUACGGAAGCAACGACGACUACAUCGGCCUGGCACUGCCCGUAGACCUGGCCAACAUGUUCCAGAUCAAAGACACGCCAUAUUUUCAGAAGAGAACGAGCCCACCCUCUGAGGACCGAUCGGCCAAGUUUUUCGCAGGAGAAUCUGACGGCGGGGGCGAGGGCUCUCGGCACGGGGUGCUGCGUUCGCAGCUGAGCAUCACGGAGCUGAUGGCGGCGAGCCGGGCGGAGCAGCAGCUCCUGCUGGGGCUGGAGGAGACGGGCCUGACGGAGCACAGCCACGACAACUGCCUCUACUGCACCGCGCUGCGCACGCUGGGCUGUGGCAACGCCAGCGACGCCAGCUCCAGCUCCACCACUCCUAGCCGCCCAGACUACACAGACGUGCCGUAUUCCGAGUGGUGCACGACGCAGCCCGUGCACAACCAGCUGGAGGUGAUGCCCCAGUCCAAGUUGUCGGGCGUGUCCGGCUGCAGCGACGCCGUGUCUCAGGGCUCGGCCGGCAGCACCCGAAGCACGGAACUGGUGCUCGGCGUGAAGAGUAUCCCGGAGGAUGCGCCGGCCUGCCGGGUGCUGCUGAGGAAAGAGGUGCUGCGGCUGGUCAUCAACCUCAGCUCCUCCGUGGGCACCAAGGGCCACGAGACCGGCCUCCUGACGAUCAAGGAGAAGUUCCCGUACGCGUUCGACGACAUCUGCCUGUACUCAGAGGUGUCCUACCUGCUGGCUCACUGCAUGUUCAGACUGGCCGCGCGCCGCUUCAUCCAGGAGCUCUUCCAGGAUGUGCAGUUCACCCCGCUGUUUGAGGAAGCCGAGAGCAUUCUGAACAUGCCGCCGAAGUCGGGGAGUGAAGAAGCAUCUGCAGAAUCAUCAUGAAGCUCCCCCACGCCAUUCACCACACCAUACCGCACCACACUGCACCACACCCACGCCAUUCACCACACCAUACCGCACCACACUGCACCACACCCACGCCAUUCACCACACCAUACCGCACCACACUGCACCACACCACGCCAUCCCUCACACCACACCAUACCGCA